UAAAGAUCAGGGGCAAGUUACCAACACCAAACAAAACAAGAAAAAUGAGCGAUAAUGCUAUCAUAAGGCUCUGUAGACCUCUGACUAUAUUGAAUAUUGACUGAUAAUUUCAAGUGCAAGUGUUAUCCAAGAUACGACUUGAAGCUAAUUAAGACGGAGAUGUUUGUUACAAUGUCACCAAGAAGGAUAAUAGAUAAAUAGAUUUAUUUCUUAGUUGACUGUUUCAGACUGUAGCACUGCUAAUUAUGACAUCAAAGAAAAGCCUUUUGAAGCCUGGUAGGCCUCCACCACCAAACCCUAGUGCAUUGAAAGGCGGCAUCAGCCUGUCUGGGUUUAGUUUCAAGAAGCUUGAAGAAGAUGAUAUUGAUGAGGAUCUAACAGCAUUCACUGGAAACUACAAAAAAUCAACAGAAGAAUCUCAAAAGUCUUUAAAGAGAAGUGAUAAGCCAUCUAGCAGUUCUUCUCUGCCUGAUAGCAUUCUGAAAAUGGAGAGAAACAGUGGUGAGUCUAAUUCUACUAAACCUACUCAAAAAUCUAGUGAUGCCACCAGCUCACCACUUAGAACUGCAGCGAAAGCAAAAUUUGAUUCAUCCAAAGAACUCUUUUCAGGGCUUAAAGGUAAAAUUACGGACAAAAUUUCCAGAACCAUUGAAGAGUUUUCUGGUGAUUCUAGUAACAGCCCAAGUCCAGAUAAAGAAAGAUUUAAAACAUUCCCCAUUCCCAAAAGCAACAGUUUUGGUGUGGUUGAAAAGGAGGAAGCUCCUGUUUUACAUGCAGCGUUACCUGUGAGAGAAGGUGUAUCAGAAGGUCUUACCAAGAAAGUGGCCUUAAACUUUUCGCAGAAUCACCAGUCAGCUGGGGAUGAUACUGAUGGAGAAGUUGCCCUUAAUAAAAUACUGGAUGCUGUACCAGAUGUGUCUCAUUCUAAAGAAAUCCAAUUGGUGAAAGAUCACCCACUGGCAGAAUUGGAAGACGACUUUGAGGAUGUCAUUGAGGAUGCAGACAAUAAUUCUCAUGUGAAAUCAAAAUCUGCUGCUAAUGACAACUUCAAAGAUGUUCGUUGUGAUAAUCUGAACAUUGAAGUCUUUGAAGAGUACUUUACCAAUGAACCUGCUGAAGAUUUUACAUCUUUUCCAGGAAUACAAACAUCUACUCACCUUAAGCCACGUUCUAAAAUUGGCAGACUAAUAAAAAAGGAGCAAAAAACAUCAGCAGUAGCCACCAUGUCAAAUUUGCAUUAUACCCCAGAUGAAGAAAUUGCUGAUCUUGGGGAACACAAAGUUUCAACAGAGGAAACUAAGAAACAAAAUGAAACAGAUCACUUAAAGAGUGAACGUGUGAAAGACUCCAGUAAAGUACAAGAAUCCACUUCCGGCAUGAUUUUACGUCAGAUUAGCUUAGACAUCACGGUUGUGCCCUAUCAAAAACUGGCAACAUUUACGGUUGUGAUGUUUGCAUAUUUCAUUAUUCCAUUCCCAUCUUACAUUUCUGGUCUGUUGAUGGGAAUUUUCUUGGCCUCAAUUGGAUGGGCUGUGUUCAUGUGGCUCAAGCAGCCACCCACACCUGAAGAACCAUAUGUGCCUCCUCCCUUUGUUGAGCCGCCACUCCCUGAAAUGAAAUUACCCUCAGAAAGUGAAGAACAUACUUACAAGGGCUGGAUGAAUGAGCUCACAGACUAUAACCCAGAUGAUUAUCAUAUCAAUAAAACUCACUCAGUUUUUAUCAGCCUCGAAAACACUAACCUUCGAUUGCAGCGACCAAAGAACUCCAUACCUAAACGUGCAAUGUGGGAUGAAGUGCUCCCAAAACCACAGUUUAUUCAUCAGCGGCACUUUGAUCUUGCUGGCUCCAUCGUCUUUCUGCUGCCACAUGGCUUGGUGGACAAGAGGAUCUGGAGUAAGAAGUAUCCAGUAUGCAUAUCCUUGCCCUCCAAGAUAACCGGUGAUGCCAGCAAGUUGAAGCACAUAUCAUCUGACACAACCAUGACAGGAAAAAAAGAGAAGCUCACUGACAUGGGCUUUGAAAUUGUGACUGAAAAAAAGUGUGAAAAUAAUAUUCUGUAUCUUUUCGCUAGAACAUGUCGUGAGAAAGAGGAAUGGUUUAAAAGGUUUACUGCUGCCGCUAAUGGAAAACCUUUAGGAAAUCAUGUUUUAGAAAUGAAGCGUGCAGUGUCUCAGAACACAUCUAGAAAAAGUCAGGAGAUACCAAGACACAAACGUGAGGGUUCAACAGAUUCUGUUUCUUCCUUUACCGAACUUCAGUCAGAUAUUCCCAGAAAAGAAUCUGAAUCUGUUGAUCUUCUUACCUUUGCCCACUACAUGGGUCGCCUGAUGCCUGCUGGGUCACUGUCCCCUUCUACCAGUCCCACACAUUCCAGCCAAGAGAAGGAAGGUCUGGUCAAGAAUUUCAGCUCUAAGGAUGUCACUAAAAGUAAAGAGGGUGAAGAGGCCAAGGUCACCCCUGCUUCUGGAGAACUCUCUUGUGAUUGUCAGCUGUUUUGGCUGAAUGCACUCAUUGGCAGGUGCUUUUUUGACUUCCUGCGGGACAAGACAUGGAUGGAAAAAGUCAAAGAAAAAUUACAGAGGAAGCUAAGCAAAAUACAUGUUCCUUAUUUUAUUGAAGAACUAAAGGUGACAGAUAUUCAUUUAGGAUAUGAAAUGCCAGCCAUCCAGCAUGCCUAUAAGCCCUACCUGGAUGAGAAAGGUCUUUGGGUUGAUUUGAACAUUACUUACUCAGGUGGUUUCAAGAUGACCAUAGAGACCAAAAUCAACUUGAUGAAGCUGAAGGAAUCUCCUCAUGUGUCUUCAACUUCUGUUGACCAUGUUGAGCAUGUGAAGUCUCCAGUGACUGAUGCUGAAGAGGAAGAUAGUGCUGAAUCCUCAACAGAUGAAGAGGAAGAAACUCCUUCAGCAUCUGAAGACAGUUCAGGGGGAGGCACAAGCAAGAAGCUUCUUCGUUAUCUGAAUAAAAUCACCCAGUCUAAGUACUUUCACAAAGCCACAGAAUACAGUGUCAUCAAGCGAGCCAUGGAGAAUGUCUCCAACACACCUUUGACCUUGACUGUCACUGUCAAUAGUUUGAAUGGUACAUUAGCAAUGAACAUACCCCCGCCUCCUUCUGACAGACUAUGGUAUGGCUUUCGCAAAAAUCCACAUCUUCGUCUUUCAGCCAAACCACAAGUAGGUGAAAGGGCAGUAACCAUUGUUCACAUCACAGACUGGAUAGAAAAGAAAUUAGCCAUUGAGUUUCAGAGAGUUUUUGUGAUGCCAAACAUGGAUGACCUGAUCAUUCCAAUUCUUGUUCCAGGCCAGAUUAAUGGAACCACUAUUUCAAGAUCAAUUUCAUUGUGAUAACUUCUAAUUUCCUCCCUCAGCCCCGAAUAACUUGCCUCUCAGUGCUUAUCUUCUUGUUUUUUUUAUGAACAUAUUGUCAUAAUUGCUUAUUUGUUGUUUGAUAUAAAUAUAUAUUGAUGAAUGUAUUGUAUUAUAACUGCCCGAUAGCAUAAUGAAUGAAUGGCCUCAUAUACAUAUCAUAACACGGUUGUCUGCAUAAUGAGAGAAUGACACUCUAUGGGUAUAAUGACUUGACAGAUUUUGUGCAUAAUGAAAGAAUGGCACUAGGUGAUGGAUUUUAUCUUUUAUUUCACCAGAAAAUAGGGUUGGUUUUCUAAUCCUUUUCUUUUUUUCAAGGAUAUCAGUGUAUCAUUAUUUUUAACAAUAUCAUUAUAUGAUAUUGUGAAAUAUACCAGUAUAUCCCAGUGGUUCCUUUAACUGUGUUCCGUAUCCCCAUGGUAAGAAGAUCCUCCUGACUGACAGUUUAAAACUGAUGACAUUUACAAUACUGGCUUUAGGAGCACAGAGGGAUAAUUCCAGUCAAAAAAGGUGCUGGGGGACCCACUGGUAGCUUAUAUUCCUUUAGAGGAUAUCAGUUUGUCCUACAUUAGGGAUAUCCUAUAUUUAAAACAAACCUAUUCAGAGGAUAACUUUUUUUUUUAAUUUAAUAAUGACUUUAAGAUGUAGGAAUUAUCCUGUGUUGAGGAAUAACAAAAAUAUUUUAUGGUUUAUUAUUUGAGAUUCAUAUAAUGUGUCCUGCAUAGAGGAUAUCAUCAAUAUAUCUUGUGUUGUGCUCAUUGUGUGUUGGAGAUAGGUGUUUAAAGGAUUAAGGUGUGCUCUUUGCUCCCAAUUUGAUACUUGCUUUUUUUUUAGUUUGAAUGCCAUGUUUCCAUACACUUUUUAUUUAUUAUAAUUUUACUUUUAUUAUUUAUUGUUGAUUAAAGUGGCAUUUGCUUCACUGCA